CUCUCUCUCUCUCGCUCUCUCUCUCUCUCUCUCUCUCUCUCUCUCUCUCUCUCUCUCUCUCUCUCUCUCUCUCUCUCUCUCUCUCUCUCUCUCUCUCUCUCUCUCUCUCUCUCUCUCUCUCUCUCUGUGUCUCUCUCUCUCUCCCUCUCUCUCUCUCUCUGAAGGCUGAUGUUGUUCCUGGUGUUUCUGACAGCUUUGCUGUCUUGUCGUGCGUCUUCUGUAGACAAACUCAACAUGUGUAUGACUGGCAAACAUCAGCUAUCAGAGCCCAGACCCGAGGGACAGCUCUAUCAGCAGUGUGAACCGUGGAAGGACAACGCCUGCUGCACAGCAAACACGACGGAGGAGGCCCAUCAGGAUAAUUCAUACCUGUAUAACUUUAACUGGAAUCACUGUGGCAUCAUGAGUGACAGAUGUAAGAAGCAUUUCAUUCAGGACACGUGUUUCUAUGAGUGCUCGCCUCACCUGGGACCCUGGAUACAGCCGGCAGAUGAGUCGUGGAGGAAGGAGAGAAUCCUGGACGUGCCGUUGUGUUUGGAGGACUGUGAGAGCUGGUACAAGGACUGUCAGAAUGACUUCACCUGUAAGGAGAACUGGCAUAAGGGAUGGGACUGGAGCACAGGCACUAACCGGUGUCCGAGGGACUCUCAGUGCAGCCUCUGGUCAGAGGUCUUCCCCACCGCUCAGAGCAUGUGUGAGAAGAUCUGGUCCAAUUCAUACAAGUACACCGCUCUCUCUAAAGACAGCGGCCGCUGCAUGCAGAUGUGGUUCACGGGGCCCAAUCCCAAUCAGAAAGUGGCUGAAUUCUACCUGUCUGGUGCUGCGGAGACGGUUACCCUGGCGACGAGCCUUCACCUGUUUGCCCUUCUCAUGAUGCUGUUGGCCUUGAGAACGACCUGCUGA